AUGCAGCCAUCACUCCCGCAGCCAUCUUCAACACUUUCACUCUGGCAUCGAACCACGCGUUCAUUUCCCCAUCUUCAUGAGAAUCGGCUAGCUCCUGUUCCCGCCUCGGCAAAAUACCUCAUCAUUGGUUCUGGUAUUUCAGGAGCCUUGACGGCGUGGAGCUUGGUCGAUAGUGGAGUCAGGGCGGAGGAUGUCUUGAUUAUCGAAGCUCGAGAAGCUGUUUCUGGUGCCAGUGGACGAAAUGCGGGACAUAUCCGACCGGACUCAUUCCGUGGUUUUCCCGGUUAUGCAAAAUUCCACGGGCCCGAACAAGCAAGGAAGAUCCUCGAGAACGAACGAGUUGUCCUGGAGAAUGCGCGCAAGUUCGUCAAAGAGCAUAAUAUCGAUUGUGAUUUCAACUAUAUGAGAACAUUUGAGGUCGCGCUUACAGACGAAUGCGUUGAUCUUCUCAGUAAGGCACUGACGGCGUUCAAGGCUGCCGGUGGCGAUGUUACGCACGUCAAGUUCUAUAAUGGAGAGGCAGCACAAGAAGCAACAAGAGUUCCUGGGGCCUUGUGUGCCUAUGAGUCGCCCGCUGCGUCUAAUCACCCCGGGAAGCUGGUGCAAUGGAUCUUGAAAGAUUUCAUUUCCAAAGGGGGAAAGCUAUGGACUCAUUGUCCAGUUACCAAGACCGACCGGUUCCGGGGCAUUGACAAGCCCAAUCUCAGGUGGGAGGUCCAUACUCCUCGAGGCAUUGUCGCUGCUGAGACCGUGGUCCACUGCACGAAUGCUUAUGCGGCAUAUCUUCUCCCGGAACUGAGUAAGUUUAUAACGCCUCGCCGAUCACAAGUCAAUUCAUUUGUUCCGCCACUUUCGCUCUCCGGUGCGGAUAGCCUAAAGCACACUAUGGCAUUGAGAUACCGAGCAGACCAUUUCUUCUCGGUCAAUUCAUUGAAUAAUGGCAUGGUUGUGCUGGGUGGUACCGGUACACGAAGCAGCUCAGAUAUGACAUCCGAGGACUUGAUCUCGUUCGACGAUUCCAAAUACAGUGAUCGACUUGCCCAGAAUAGCACAAAGGAGUUCCUAGGUCUAUGUCAUGAGCCAGAUUCUGCUGCGCUCCGACAUGGUGAAGGACUAGACCAUGCGUGGACUGGAAUUAUUGCUAUGACGGCUGACAGUGCACCGUUGGUUGGACCGAUUGAGGGUCUUGAGGGUCAAUGGAUUUGUGCUGGUUUUAAUGGCCAUGGUAUGGCUGGGAUUUUCACCUGCGCUCCUGGCCUGGCGAAACUGAUAUCGGGCCUUUCGUGGCAGGAUACCGGCCUUCCGGAAUGUUUCCAGUUUAGUACAGAGAGGAUCCGGCGGAUUACUAGCCAGAGUAUCAUGAGCACU